AUGGAGAAUGGAGAUGUUUCUUUAUAUGACGACACCAGAGCAGGAGUCUUGAUGGUGUUUUUUAGAGAACUGAAAGCUGCAGAUGCUGGAACAUACAGGUGUGGAGUGAAUGUAUCUCACUAUACUGAGAGAUUCACUGAACUUCAGCUGAACAUCACACACGAUGCAAAAUAUCCAACGGAUGUGAUUAAAACUGCUUAUCUUGGUGAAGAAGUCUCCAUCACCUGUCAGAUCCCAGAGAAACAUAAAGUUCAUUUCUGCAAAGAGGAUGAUAAUCACAUCUGUCAAAACAUCAGCUCAUCUAAAGUGACACAAAUGAUUGGUUCAUCUGAGAGAAAUGAAGAGAGAGUUUUUACAGUGAUCAUCAGUAAUGUGAGUGUGAGAGAUGCUGGAGUUUACUGGUGUGGAGCAGAAACCAGAGACACAUAUUUGACUUUCAUCUCCCUGAACACUAAAAUUCAGCUCAACAUAACCAUGGCUCCAGUAGUGAGACAUGAAGGAGAAUCUGCUGAGAUCAUCUGCCCUUAUGAUUCAAUCUAUAAAUCAAAGUCAAAGUCUCUCUGUAAGGGGAAGUGCUCCACUAGAGACAGAAAUACUCUCAAUGAGACUGUGAGAGAAGAGAAAGAGACCAAGACUGACAGAUUGACUCUGAAUGAUGACGUCACUGCAAGUGUCUUCACUGGGACCAUCACUGGACUGACAGCAGAGGAUGCUGGGAAAUACUGGUGUGCAGUGACAUUAGAAAGAGACCUCAAUUAUCUUUACACUCAUCUGAUCGUCAUCAUGAACGAGGAGCUGAACUUGACUAAGUAUGAAGGAGACGACGUGUCAAUCCAGUGCAAACAUCAGGAUGAAGAUCAGAAAAGCUUCUGCAAAGCACAUGAAGCCUCCAUGUGUGUGAAGGAUGGAGUUUCAUUGGAGACGAUCAGAGAUGAUCGAUUCUCUUUCAGUGAUGAAGCAUCUACUGGAGUCUUUACUGUGAACAUCACUGAUCUGAGAGAAGAGGAUUCUGGGAUAUACUGGUGUGGAGCUCACGUCACCACUAAAGUCAAUCUCACUGUUAAAAAGGAUUUCUCCAUGAUCAUCAUUAUCAGUGUGUGUGUGAUUCUGCUGCUGAUCGGUGGAUUCACUCUGACUGUGUGGAAAUUAAGACACAAGAGACGAGGUGAUGCUCACACACACUUACCCACAAUCCCCUCUGAUGGGCUCCUGUACGCUGAUGUCAGUUUCAAGAAGCAUAAAGAGUCUCUCAGUGACGCUACAGUCAGAUUCAGUAAGGAUGAGAUUUACUCUGAUUACGCCGCAGUCAGUCACUGCAUGAGACUCAACUAACUAAUAACAGAUCACAGAUCAUCACGUUACCAACAUUUUACAUUUAAUUUUACAUUAUAAAAAUCUCUUUAAAAUCCAUAACUUAGUGUUAAACAGUUGUUUGGUUUGAUCAAGGUAGUUCAGUGAAGACAGAAAAUAAAACCACAGAGUGACACAAAAUAUACUGUGAAGUUUCCACUCCAAAUGCAGAGACAUACAGACAUUUGACAUUAGAUUUAAUAAAACCUCUUUUAUAGCAGCUCUUAAACAGACACCAGUUCAACCAUUAUGAUAAACACAUGAAUCUGUUCAGAGCUUUUAAAAUGUCUGAUUUGUUUUUCUCAUCUCUGAGUUUUGAUGUUUGUACACCUAAAAUUCUUAGUAUUUGUUCAUACAUUUGUUCAGCAUUUUAAUAAUGUUACUUUUUUAAUAAUGAUACUUUUGCUGAUGUUGUUUUCAG